UGUUUCGAGAUAGAGGUGUAUUUUAUUAAAUCCGGUUCAAUUUGUGACUUUUUUAAAUAAACUAUUUACACUUACCUUUCACAAAAUGGAUGAUCAAUAUGAAAGUGUUAAAUUGUGUUACACAAUACACAAAUACUCAAGUUACUCUGCCAAUUAUUUACCAGAAAACAUCAUGAAAAAUAAUCCCUCUGAUCAGUUGUCCAGGUGGUUUACAGAUAGUUCAACACCUUGUCAAUAUAUUAUGCUUAAAUUACAAACCCCAUGCAUAGUGGAGACAAUAAAGUUUGGUAAAUAUAUAAAAGCUCAUGUCAGUGAUCUGAAGAAAUUUCAAAUAUUAGGUGGCACUGAUGAAAAUCAUCUGUCAAUAUUGUUAACAGGAGGUUUGAAAAACGAUAGUCUAGAUGAAACAUUUAGGUUACGACACCGAACAUCAGAAGGACUUUAUUUACCAGUUAGAUACAUUAAAAUUGUACCUCUUCAGUCAUGGGGCCCAGCAUAUAACUACACCAUAUGGUAUGUUGAAUUGCAAGGCAAAAAUCAUGAGACCUUAAUCAACUCGGCUAUGGACACAAUUGAUUUGCGCAAAGAAGAAGAAGCUGUUCGAAUACUUUUGAAACAUUUACGUCGAAGGCGCUACAAGGAUGCAUUUGAAGCUCUAUCGAGGGAGAGUGGAGUGCAGUUGGAAGGUCCAGUCCAGACGCGACUGUGGAACGCACUCGUCGAGAAUGGCGACUAUAAACUUGCUGAAAAAAUAUUUGAUGAUGCUGCUGAUGAGGGCGAGUUGGACUGGUACAUGUCGUGGCAGCCGUACACUCCAGAGUGGAGACAGCUGUGCGGUUGCUCGGCAGCGGUGGAGGAGCGUCUGUGCUGCGACGCGGGCGCCGCGCACGCUCGCACGCGCUCCGCCGACCUGCCGUGCGCCGACCGCGAGCCUCGGCCUGACGCACCGGAGGCGGGCGCGGGCGGCGCCGACGCGGCCGAGGCGUGCUGCGCGGCGUGCGCGGGCGGCGCGUGCUGCGGCCGGCCCGGCCCGCGCGGCGGACAUCAGCUCGUCGUCGACCCCAACACCGGCACACUGUAUUUAUUCGGCGGAUGGAAUGGUACAGAGGAUCUGGACGACUUAUGGAGCUUUGACACGAAAGCGGAGCGAUGGACUCUCCUGUGUCGGCACAGCGGCAUGGUCAACGGACCUUCUCCUCGCUCCUGCCACAAAAUGGUUUUCGACCCCGUCCACGAACGAUUAUAUACCCUUGGACGAUAUUUAGAUAACGCGCAGAGAAUUCCGUGUAAUAUGAAUAGCGACCUGUACAUGUACGACGUGUCGAGCGGCGAGUGGUCGCUGGUGAGCGGCGACACGGCGGCGGAGGGCGGCCCGCGACUCGUGUUCGACCACCAGAUGUGUAUCGACCCCGACACGCAGACCAUCUACGUGUUCGGCGGUCGCGUGCUGCCCGCCAACACAGAGGAGUUGGCAUGUCCGCAGUACUCGGGUCUAUACGCGUACUACAUCGCGCGCAAUACCUGGGAGCUCCUCCUGGCGGACAAGCACGACCUGCACGCGCCGCAGCCGCGCGUGUCGCACUCCAUGCUGUUCCACCCGGUGCAGCGGCGCCUGUACAUGUUCGCGGGGCAGCGCAACAAGGAGCAGCUGGUGGACCUGUGGUGGUGGGAGUGCGGCACCAACGUGGCGCACGCCGUGUGCCGCGCGCCCGCCCGCGCGCCGCCGCCGCAGGGCUUCACGCAGCGCGCCACGCUCGACCCCGACGCCGACGAGAUACACGUGCUCUCGGGUAUGAGCAAAGAAAAGGACAAGCGCGUGUAUAAUACGCUGUGGAUAUUCUCACUGCGGCGACUCACGUGGACGUGCGUGUAUCGCAAUGAGAGUGUAGCGCCCAACGAGCCGCGGCCGCGCUUCGCGCACCAACUCGUGUACGACCCCGUGAGGAAGAUGCACUACCUGUUCGGCGGCAACCCGGGCACGGCGGGCAGCCCGCGCCUGCGGCUGGACGACCUGUGGGCGCUGCGCCUGCGCCGCGCGAGCCCCCAGCGCGUGCGCGGGCGCGCGCGGGCUGCGCUGCGCGAGGCGCGCUUCCGCGAGCUGGCGGCCGCGCCCUGCGGCGCCGUGGCCGCGCUGCACUACCUGCGCAACGACCUGUGCGCCGCCACCGACCACUCCGACCCGAGCCAGGUAGCACAUUUCCAGAAGUUAGCGACGAUUCUAUUCAGUGGCACCGAAGCUCCCGACGUCAGAGCGGUGUCGUUGAAUGCGCGUCGGGAACGAACACUGAUGCGCCGACGCGCUGCGCUGCACCGGAGCGCGCACUGCGGAGACUUGGCGCAGGCACUCGCUGCGGUUCUCGGCUCAGAAGACACUCUGCUGGAGCCCACUCAGCCGUUCGAGGAGACGUCGUCGCCCACGCCCGACACGUGGGACGCGGGCGAGCACGAGGACGACGACCCCGACAGCGGCGAGCGCGACACCCGCGCCGCGCGCGUGCAGCUGUACGACCAGCUGUGCCGCUACUUCCGCCCCUCCACCGUGCCGCCCGGCGCGGACAUCACCGACUUAGUUAAAAUGUAAGAACGAUCGACUCCACUUCGAAAGAAAAAUUGAUUGAGCCUCAUGAGUUCGAAUUAAACAUUAGAGAAACCGGAUGAAUUCGAACUUCAGAUCAUGUUUUUCGAAAAUUUAUUUAUUUAUAUAAAAACGCCGAUUUUUAGUAUAAAAUAGUAUUUAAAACUGAUAGUGAUUACGAAAAGUAAAUAAUAUAUUCGUAUGACGUGGAUGUUUUUGUUGUAUUUUCAGAGCAUGAAACAAUUUGAAUUUAUAAAUAAGCUCUCUUAAAGUGUUAGUAAAAUAUAUAAAAAUUCUCUAGUUAACUGGAACAUUUAAUUAUUAAAAAGAGUCUUUACUAUGUAAUUGCUAUAAAGCAGUAUUUUUUAAAACGAUAUAAAAUACACAUCAAUAAAAGUUACUUGUACGAAUUUUUAUAGUACGAAAUAUAUAUAAACGUUUAGCAGUAAUUAUUUAUAAUUUUAGAUAUCAUUUGUUCACGACUUUUGUUUUGUUCAGAUUUAUCUAACGUCACAAUAUUCGUAAGCACACACCUGUGUAGAUAAUUUCAUCUUUAAGGACUCUUAGAUAAUAAUGAUGUCGCUUAUAGCCUAUUCCAAUCGUAGAAGGGGUAAAGAUAAACAUACCUUAGGUUCAGAUAUUCUACACUAUAUACAGUUCUUGAAUAAUAUAUCUUUAUUUGUAUCUUAAGUUCCGAUACCAAAUUCACCGUCAAUCAUGCCAUUUUCUCUCGAAUCCCUAAUAUAGACCAUAGAUUACUCAAGAUCUCGAUCAGUGACAUCGCGACAAUCCUCUGUCUUAAGUUUUUAAUUUGUUUGCUCCUCCUAGAUCGCAAGA